AUGACGGAUAUAUUAUCCAUGCUAAAGGUAGCAUGCAUAUGAAACAGUUCGAAUAUGCAACAAAGAGAUGCUCGCUGCGCUUCAAAACCAAGGGUGAAAAUUGUAUUUGUGCAGAGUUUAACGACUUCCAUGUUGAAGACUGUUCUGUGCAAUUAAAAUUUCUCCAAGAAAAGCAGCCCAUAGAUCUGAGGAGAGAACCCAGUGACGUUUACCUUUUCAAAAAAUACAUUUGUGGGGAUUCCUUAGGAACAGUGUGCAGUACAGGGCCUAAUCUGACCAUACAACUUUUUAAAGAAAAUAUCAAUGCACAAGGAUACAGUUUUCAAGUCAAAGUAUUAUCAAAACAUACCGAUUUCGCAGUAAAGGUGGGUGUGAUUAGUGGUGUAGCAGUUUUUAUUGUAAUACUUGUCACCAUUAUACUUUACCACUACUGCUACAAGAAACGCAGAUGCAAGUGCAACAAGUGUCAAAGGGUAUCUACUGAGAGCGAAGAAAUAUCUGAACAAAGAUCUGAAGAGAUGCGGGUACUAGAAUAAACAAACACUUAGCUUGACAUAACUUGCAUUUAUUCACAUAUAUCAUUUGUUUUGAC